UAUGUAGACUGAUCGGUCCAGUCACACAAGACAGGGUAGCUAUGGAUUGGGUGGCCGGAGAGGAGGUAGCUCCCUACUUGACGGGAAGAAACAGGGCUCUGAAGCUCACUGAAGUUCUGAACAUACUCGAAAACCCCGAUGACACACGGGCUAUAGUAACACCACCCGCUAAACCCCGCGGAGGAGACGGAUACCUGUACAGAGUUGAGGCAGACACGGCGGAAGACUCAUGGAAAAAUGACAACUACCACUUCAAGCAUAAUGGUGCCGGGAACAACCGAAGCCAGCGCCCAAGGUUCUCAAGCAGUACUUUGUUGCUUAUAAAAGCGAUGGCAACACUACCAAGGCUUUUAAGCGACAAGCAUUCAACUUGCUGGAGGGAGAAGUGAAAUAUAUCUUCGUUCACUACAUAGGAAAACACACAGUAGCAUUAUCAGAUCCUAAAUACGAGAAACGUUUGAAUACUCCCGUCCCAAAUGGUUCUCAGACAGUGAAAAGUGAUGUCAGAACAGCCGGUUUUGGAGAUGAAGAAGAGAAUGGAAAACUAGAGACAUGCGAUAUGGAAUUUGAUCAUGAUCAACCAAACUCUCCUCAUGUCUUAUCUUCCUGGAUGAAGUUAGCUCCAGGAAAAGGACACACGAACCUGAUGUUACAGAGAAUGUGCAUGUGAAAAGUCCUAGACUUUCAGUGGGCGAACGACGAGUCAUCGAAAGCACAUUGCCGGACAACAUCCCGCUGAAUGGGUUCGUCAUCAGCAUGAUGAAAGACCGACCGAUCUUAGAUCAUUUACUGAAGAUGUGCUUAGAAACGUACACAUAUUCUUAUCGCAAGGUGUGUGUUGAAACUGACAAAUUACUGGAAGAAAGACAGAGGAAUUUCUGCAGUAGAGAGUCCGUGUUUAUCACUGAUAGCUGAUAUCGACCGUAAAUGGAAAAAUGACCUGGAAGAAGUCUGUAACCGAUUGAUGUGGUCACGACUUAGUCCGGGGGGUCUUGGCAAUGACAAGUGCAAGGAGACGUAUCUCAGACUUGUGUCAGCUGUCAUAGUAGGUGCAUAUCACAUGAAAUCGGACAUUGUCCAUUUUGUUGACACCCUUCAUUUGUACCCACCACAUAUGACGGGUGACUACUCGGAGACACAGGACGCUGGUGGGGCAGAUACUCAGGUGUGCAGGGUUGGGCCUCACAACAUACAGAGAAAGCAUCUCCUUGACCAGACAGCAUGGCUUGGCGAUGAGGUCAUGAAUGCGUACAUGCUUGUUCUGAAGACCUCGUGGAAUAGAAUCCGCAGCCGUCACUGCACUGUAAUUGAUUCCUUCAUGGUCAAUCGUUGGGAAAAAGAAGAGUAUGCUGUGCAUCCAUGUGAGGCAGCAGAAGCUAUUCUAUCGGAGGUGAAUCCCAAUGUCAUGAGAAGUUGUCACACUGUGUGGUACAGGAAGUACAUCUGGCGCAGACUGAGAGAAUAUUGGGAAGCAAAUAGGCAGCCUGAUACAGACACAGACUUUCUGGAGCCUCCAUGCGGAAGGGUGAAGAAUAAGCCACAGGACGAAGCAAAUACAUUGUGUUCAGUGUCAACAAAGACCAGACCCUUUACAUAUACAAUAAUCACAAUGGCUACCAACAUAGAUGAAGCAAGAUACAGCUUACACAAAGCAGCCCAUCUUGGUGAUAUUGGACACUUGCAGCAGCUGCUGUUAGACAAGGGAGAGUCUAUGCCGUGUACUGACGAGCGAGGAUGGACGCCCUUGCACUACGCCUGUGAAUGUGGUCAAGUCGAAGCUGUCUCACUUCUUAUUUCGAAAAGGCCGGGUUACCUUCGGAAAAGAGUUGAUCUUACGCUUUACAAUCCUUUCUUGACAACAAAGUACAUGUAUUUACCUCUUGUGGGGAUACAUCCACUGCACAUUGCUUGUUUAAAUGGGCAUGAACAUGUAGCGUUCACUUUGAUCAACAGCGGUGCUUACGUUGACACCAAAAGCAAAUAUGGAACAACAGCGCUAUUUUGUGCUUCCAUGAAUGGGCAUGAAUCUGUAGCCGCUUCUCUAAUACAGAGCGGUGCAAGUGUUAAAGAUGAAGGCAAAGACGGAUGGACGGCACUACACUUAGCUUGUCAAAAUGGACAUGAAUCUGUAGCUGCACUUCUCAUCAAGAAUGGUGCAAGUGUUACAGCUGAAGUGGAAGACAGACGGACGGCACUACACUUAGCUUGUGAGAAUGGACAUGAAUCUGUUGCUGCACUUCUCAUCAAGAGUGGUGCAAGUGUUACAGCUGAAGAGGAAGACAGAGGGACGGCACUACACUUAGCUUGUGAGAAUGGACAUGAAUCUGUUGCUGCACUUCUCAUCAAGAGUGGUGCAAGUGUUAUAGCUGCAAGUAUAGAACGAUCGACGGCACUACACUUAGCUUGUCAGAAUGGACAUGAAUCUGUUGCUGCACUUCUCAUCAAGAGUGGUAAGUGUUAUAGCUUUGCAAGUAUAGAACGAUCGACGGCACUACACUUAGCUUGUGAGAAUGGACAUGAAUCUGUUGCUGCACUUCUCAUCAAGAGUGGUGCAAGUGUUACAGCUGAAGAUGAAGACAGACGGACGGCACUACACUUAGCUUGUCAGAAUGGACAUGAAUCUGUUGCUGCACUUCUCAUCAAGAGUGGUGCAAGUGUUAUAGCUGCAACUAUAGACAGAUGGACGGCACUACACUCAGCUUGUCAGAGUGGACAUGAAUCUGUUGCUGCACUUCUCAUCAAGAGUGGUGCAAGUGUUAUAGCUGCAACUAUAGACAGAUGGACGGCACUACACUCAGCUUGUCAGAAUGGACAUGAAUCUGUUGCUGCACUUCUCAUCAAGAGUGGUGCAAGUGUUACAGCUGAAGGGAAAGACAGAUGGACGGCACUACACUUAGCUUGUGAGAAUGGACAUGAAUCUGUUGCUGCACUUCUCAUCAAGAGUGGUGCAAGUGUUACAGCUGCAAGUAUAGACAGAUGGACGGCACUGCACUUAGCUUGUCAAAAUGGACAUGAAUCUGUUGCUGCACUUCUCAUCAAGAGUGGUGCAAGUGUUACAGCUGAAGAGGAAGACAGAGGGACGGCACUACACUUAGCUUGUGAGAAUGGACAUGAAUCUGUUGCUGCACUUCUCAUCAGGAAUGGUGCAAGUGUUACAGCUGCAAGUAUAGACAGAUGGACGGCACUGCACUUAGCUUGUCAAAAUGGACAUGAAUCUGUUGCUGCACUUCUCAUCAAGAGUGGUGCAAGUGUUACAGCUGAAGACGAAGACAGAGGGACGGCACUACACUUAGCUUGUGAGAAUGGACAUGAAUCUGUUGCUGCACUUCUCAUCAAGAGUGGUGCAAGUGUUACAGCUGCAAGUAUAGACAGACGGACGGCACUGCACUUAGCUUGUCAAAAUGGACAUGAAUCUGUUGCUGCACUUCUCAUCAAGAGUGGUGCAAUGUUACAGCUGAAGAGAAAAGACAGACCGACGGCACUACACUUAGCCUGUCUGAAUGGACAUGAAUCUGUUGCUGCACUUCUCAUCAAGAGUGGUGCAAGUGUUACAGCUGCAAAUAUAAGAGAACGGACGGCACUACACUUAGCUUGUCGGAAUGGACAUGAAUCUGUUGCUGCACUUCUCCUCAAGAGUGGUGCAAGUGUUACAGCUGAAGGCAAAGACAGAGGGACGGCACUACACUUAGCUUGUCAGAAUGGACAUGAAUCUGUUGCUGCACUUCUCAUCAAGAGUGGUGCAAGUGUUACAGCUGCAUGUAUAGACAGAUGGACGGCACUGCACUUAGCUUGUCAGAAUGGACAUGAAUCUGUUGCUGCACUUCUCAUCAAGAGUGGUGCAAGUGUUAUAGCUGCAAGUAUGGACAAAUGGACGGCGCUACACUCAGCCUCCCGCAAUGGCUGCAUGAACUUAGUGUGGAUCCUUAUAGAGAAUGGGGCCGACACGGGGCUUAGAGAUGUUUACGGGAGACGUCCUGUUGACGUGGCGUCGUUUUAUAAUAAUUCGGACGUUGUUCGUCUCCUGGAGCAGGAAAUGAGGAAGAAAAAGACAAACUUUGCAACAUUGGGAAACUCUCGAACACGGACAGAAAACACCACAGAAAAUUCACCAUCACAAGUUUUGCCUUUUGUCAAUAGCACUCCCGGCGGAACUAUAUCCCAUGACGAUGACAGAAUCCAACGUACAACAGCACCGAAUGCAAUACCAUUUGACACGCAACUGCUUGUUUGGGGACAAACUAACUUUCACGUUUACAAAGGAAGGCAGGGAACAGAACGGUUCCCAAUAUGACACAAGGAGUACGUAUGGUAAUAGUGACAAUAUUCCGACUCCUCCAGUGCAAAUUGCUGUGCGGGAAAAUCACCUAUCAGGAAUGGAAUCUUGUAUUCCAUUUACACACAGAGACAACGUCGUGUCAGGACCAACGUUGCCCUCAAGAAUAGCUCCAGUACUGCCUCAAGAGUCCCCUUCAAUCUGCACAAACAUAUGAACUAUAACGGCUCCAAUCCAACAUGUCUGCUUACAACACACGUUGUUCAACCUUCGUCUGAAUUCCUUUGGACCACUCAACCAGAUAUGAGCUCUUUCAUACCAGCGCAAGCCAUAUGUUCCUUAAAUGUAAAUCCGAUUCAAAAUCCACAAGGGGUUGCACCAACACCCACAACACCAGCACUCCGAACCCCAACCAGGACGUGGAGGGUAGUUCCCUCUUACAGGAACUUCUGUCACCCUAGAAUACAAAAGGUCAACAUGGAACUCUCUGAACUUGAAUUCCGUUGAUUCAGGCAUGCAGCUGUUAGAAGGUUAUGGACAGUUUACCAGUCUAUGAUAAACCAGGACAAGUUGAGUUGACUAUUAACCCCGCAAAUAGUCACACCCUGAUAUUUAGUAGGCUGAUUUCCCAACUAAAGCCAAAUUUCCGUUUGGCAAUGCUCCCAUCCCAAUAUCCGAUAUGGGGCAGUAAUUCUAAAAUCGAAACUAACAGCUAUGAUAUAGUGCGGCGUUGUCAAAACGCAAGACGCACAGUCAGCUCACUCAACUCUGUAGGAUUAAAUGGCUAUGUUCACCAUCCCAUUGUAUGUGUUAAAAUAUGGCACAGAAUGAUUCUCCUCUAAUACUAAAAACAAGAAUAAGUUGGACCGGCGCAGAGAACUCGUUUACGACAAGUAGGCGGUACAUGGCAAUUAACAAAACCCAUUUGGCUUGUGAAAGGUAGAGCAGAUGUAGGCUAGUGCACGUGCAGUGCAUGACGAUGAAAUUGAUUCCGCGCCACUGUCGAACACGGAGUUUGCUGGAGACAGAGUAUACCCACAUCACCAAAUUUUCCGGCCUAACCUUCUCCCACAUCACCUAAUUAGCAGAGAGCCCAUAACGCCGAAUAUCUGUAACCACUAAACCCGUGGCGUCUCACUGGAGCAGGCUAAGUUCCCUAAGUGCGAGUAACCCUAAUCCCUCUGUUUUAACACUGCCCAUUUCGAAACGUGGGCAAAGUGGGGAGUAAACCGUCUUUCUCCCCCGUUCUCCAUUAAUUCGUACAACAUCUAACAAGCUCAACACCACUCUUUUCAAUUUUUUAUUUGUUGUUCACCCUCAUUUCUUAAUAAGUGGGUCCAGUGGGUCGGUGGGGGUAGCCUAAUGGUUAAA